AUGUUAUGCCUUCCCCCUCAGCCAAAGCCCACCCACAAGGGGAACCCCAACCCUGCGGCCCUCCUCGAAAAAUACGCCGAGCACCCAACGGGCUCCUCCUACCGGUGGGAAACCCCGGCGCCGAGCAGCACCCAACUCGGCACCGCCGUGAAAUUCUUCACCCGCCACCAGCCACAGCACAUGUGGUCGGCCUCCAAGUUCAAGCACAUAUGCUUCGGAUCAGCGCCCGAGGUGGCCUUCCUGGGCCGCAGCAACGUGGGCAAGUCCUCACUGCUAAACGCCCUCCUGGGCAAGCCACUUGCGCACACAUCCUCCAAACCGGGCCACACGAAGUUACUGAAUGCGUACUCCGUCGCCGGCGGGCGUGGCGUGCUGCUGGACAUGCCGGGCUACGGUCACAACUCCCGCGAUGAGUGGGGAGUGCAGGUAUUGAAGUACCUGCAGCGACGGCGGGAGCUGCGCAGGGUCUUCCUUCUCAUCGAUGCCGACCACGGCUUCAAGGGCUUCGACCGGCUCAUGGUGCAGACGUUGGCGGAGCAGGGCGUCGCCUUCCAGGUCGUGCUCUCCAAGGUGGAUAGGCUGAACCCUGCGGAGCUGGUCAGGAGGCUGGUCCGGGCGCGCGCGGCGCUCCAGGGGGAUGACCGGGAAGGCCAGCGCGAGGCAGAUGAUUGGCGCGCUCGGAGGGUGAGUUGUGGCCUCGGCGAGAUUAUCGGCACGGCCGCGAAUCCUGCCAAGCAGAGGAGAAAGCGCGUUGGGAUUAACGAGCUCAGAUGGAGUAUCAUGGUCGCUAUGGGGAUGGAUGGAGAUGUUGCUGGCUUGGGGUCGGGCUUUGGCGAACCCGCCAUUGCCGCUGAGUGGGAUCAUGUUCAGGGGGCUGGCUACGACGAACCGGACUCAGAAGAUGAUGAUGAUGAUGGUGGUGGUGGUGGUGCCGUUCAUAAAAAUUAGAAGAUUACAGUAAACUCCCUUCCUCCCUCCCUCCUUCCUUCCUUCCUUCCUUCCUUCCGAAAAGGCCAUCUAGGGUAGAAACAGCCUGGCAUAAUCACGGAAACUCACUCGACUCGGGGUAUCGGUAUCAUACGGGGGAGAACAAGAUCAAUGUGACAAUCCGCAAAACGCACCAAAACUGAGAGCUUCUUUUCUGCGAUUGCUAAUUCUCCAUCCCGCUUAAAGCGAGCGUAAAAAAAGAAAAAGAAAAAGAGGGUUACAGUAUGUACUGUAUGCCCCUAGCGCAGUGAAAGCCCGAUUAUCAUACAGAAAAGACUUUUGAUCUUUCCUAUCAAGUCCCCCCCAGUAAGUAGAUACAUAGAUACAUAGAUACAUACACGAUAUAGACCUUAGCAGGAACGAGGCAUUUCGCUUGGGAAGGGAGAUGGAUAUGUUGUGAUACGGGAGACUCCCCCUCCCCCACACUCACCAUCUCUGGGUAUGAUAUAUGUGAUGGCGUAAGGAUUUGGAGAGAUUGCAUAAUUGUAAUCGUUAUAUUGUAUAACUUAAUACGUUGGAUGUAUGGUAUAGUG